UUUUCUCGCUUACCUUUUGGUAUUCCAUUGUUUUGAGGUUCUUGUUAGGUCAGUCGCAUGACGUAUACGAUUGACAGAUUAGUAAUGACACAUCUGGUGGUAUCAUGUACCUAACUUGCUCGAGUAGUUAAUCGACAGUGUUUACGAGUUGAUCUUUGGCACAAUACUUUUCUUCUUGGAAUCGAAUUGCAGUUGCUUUAUUUUGAAGAGGGAUUAGCUCGUGCAUAUUCAUUGAAUAUCUAAUGAUCAGUACAGUGAACUUUUGUGAACAUCUGCAUACCAAGGCACCUGUAGCUGUGCCUGCCAAUUGUAAACAUUAAAAGAAUAGCAGAAUCAAACGUAACAUGGAAGGAGGCAUAUUCGAAAGUCCGGAUACAACUUUGGACAGAUCAGAAGAUGAAAUUGCGCUACAAGGAUUCUGCAGCCCCAAGAAGCUGCCGUUCAGAUUUCUUGGACUGGCAUUGAUGUGCUUAUUAGGCUUCGGUUCCUUCUUUUGUUUUGACAAUCCUAGCGCAUUACAAGACAAUAUGAAAUCUGAUCUAAGCAUGUCAACUAGCAGAUUUGUGCUAUUGUAUUCUAUUUAUUCAUGGCCAAAUAUGAUUCUUUGUUUCAUUGGAGGAUUUUUAUUGGACAGCGUGUUUGGUAUUAGAGCAGGAACAAUAAUAUACAUGGGACUUGCUUUAAUUGGUCAACUUAUAUUUGCAACAGGAGCUAUAAUUAAUGCAUUUUGGCUUAUGAUGCUUGGUCGAUUUGUUUUUGGUAUUGGUUCAGAAUCAUUAGCAGUUGCUCAAAAUAAUUAUGCUGUACUGUGGUUCAAAGGAAAAGAGCUCAAUAUGGUAUUUGGCUUGCAACUGAGUUUUGCAAGACUUGGUUCAACAGUGAAUUUCUUGGUCAUGGAACCAAUCUAUCAAUUUGUGUCUCAGUAUUAUAAAGGACCUGAAUGUAUUGGAAUUAUUCUUUUCCUAUCUUCUUUAACUUGUGUGGGAUCUUUGAUUUGCGGAUGUGUACUGGGUAUCAUGGAUAAACGUGCGGCAAGAUUAUUAAGAAGAGGAGAAGGGCAAGAAACCGAGGUUGUUAGUCUAACAGAUGUCAAAGACUUUAAGCCUAUAUUCUGGUUAAUAGCUUUCAUCUGUAUUGCUUAUUAUGUCGCAAUAUUCCCAUUCAUCACCUUAGGAAAAGUAUUCUUUGAACGGAAAUAUGCAUUCCAGCCAUCAAAUGCAAACACAGUUAAUUCCCUUGUAUAUUCUAUAUCGGCUGUUGCAUCCCCCAUUUUAGGAUAUCUUGUUGAUAGAUCUGGAAAAAAUAUAUCAUGGGUAUUUAUCAGUAUUUUAGCAACUAUAAUGGCUCAUGGAUUACUCGCAUUCACAUAUGUAGACCCCUACGUGUGUAUGAUUCUCAUGGGAUUAGCAUAUUCCAUGCUUGCAAGUAGUUUAUGGCCAUUAAUUGCUCUUGUUACACCAGAAUAUCAGCUCGGUACAGCUUAUGGACUAGCGCAAGCUGGACAAAAUCUAGGAUUGGCUAUAGUUAGUAUUAUAGCAGGAAUAAUUGUGGAUCAAAAUGGAUAUUUCAUGCUUGAAGUGUUUUUCUUGAUUUGGUUGUGGAUUUCUUUGAUAACUUCUGUUGCAAUUUGGGUACUGGAUAUAGUAACAACUGGUGGUUAUCUAAAUAUGACCCCAGGUCAAAGAGAGAAGCAUGAGCAACUUCGAAUUACACCCGAAAGUCUCGAAAGAGAAAAGCUGUUGUCAACGGAAUCAACUUCCGAUUUGUUUACCGAUGAUCUUCUGCAACCACAAUCUGAUAUUAGUAUAAGAAACCGUUAUUUAUCUCGUAUUGGAGCAAUGGUGCCUCCUUGUACGAAAGUGCCAAUUCAUCGAUCUUUACGAUGAUACAUUCCAUUUAGAAAUAACUUCGAAUAAAUAGUUAUCCUUGUUUAAGGUAUCAUUAAAAUAUUUGCUCACUGUGUCUUCCUCUUACACAGCGUUAAUCUGUGAUAAUUUCUUAAUCAAUACAUUUACAAUUGACUAUAACUGAUUUUUAAUCUGUCGACAAGCGGAUGUUUUACAAAUAGAUCAAUAUGUCGACACAUGACAAUUAACAGAAAUAUAUUAUUUGUUUUACACUAACUGCAUUGUAAUCACAAAGUUCAAUAAUAAUACAAUUUUAAAAAUUGUCAUAUAAUUAAUAGCAUGCUUAUAGCAUGAAUAAGUAAGAAAUUAUUUUCUACCUCUUGUUUAACGAAAGAACAUGCCAAAAUGUUAAAUUUAUUAUUAUUAUGUAUGAUCUCUAACAUAUUGUAAUAUAUCAGUGUAUCAAA